GCUCCUCACUCUCUCUCCAACUUCUCUCUCCUCUCCGUUUCAGAGCCCACUGCCUGCUUGCUCCAAACUUUCCUUCAUAAACCCUAGCAGUCCACUUCUGUCUCCCAAUCUUGGCCGCUUCUUCCUCAAAUCCACCUUUUCUUUUCUUUCUGCUUCUGUGAUCUGCUUCCCGAAAAGUAGUUCUAGUAACUUUGUGAGCUUCUUCAUUCUUCGCUUCCAAAUCACUGCCUAUAUUCUUCCAAUUUCACUUCUUCUUGCUGUUCUUGUUCAAUCUUCGAGGAAUCCGGUUGUUGAUUCCCCUCCUGUUGCUUGGAAUCUAGCGCUGAAAAAUGGUUAUGGUGGAGAGUGAGGUCGCCGCCGACGACAACAAAGAGACCAAUGGCCGCAAGUCUCCUUGGAAAACUACGGCUCUGGUCGAUGGGAAGGAGAUGGAUGCUCCUGUAAUGGGAGCGGACUCUUGGCCUGCACUCGCCGACGCGCAGCGGCCUAAAAGUCUUGAUGCUACUACUUCUGCUAAGUUUUCUGAUUCAGGCGAGGUUUCUGAGGAAGUAGCUCUUCAGUCUCCUCUUUCAGGAGCGCAGGGAGGAUAUGCACAAAGGGCACCUGCCUCUCGGAAUCCUAGUUAUUCACACAAGAAUAUCCAUUCACAUCAUCAAAAGCCAGGCUCCAAGCGCAACCCAAAUGGUCCUCCACAUGUUUCUGUUCCAUUACCUUAUCAUCAACCACCAAUGGCUUCACUUUUUCCACCCAUAUUACAUCCUCCUCAUCUCGCUGUUCCUGGAUAUGCUUACCAGCCUCGACCUGUAGCUGGUGUUGAAGUACAUAUGGUUAAGCCUAGCAAUGAGACAUCAGUACAAGCUUUUGUUCCACCUGUUGAGCCUCCGCCCCGAGGUGAUCCAAGUGGUUAUGUUGUUGGUAUUCAUAAUAGAAGACCUAAUAUGCAAGAUCCUGGUGUUCAUUGGAACCAUGCUUGGUAUCAUCAGCGGGGAUUUAAUCCAAGAGACAACAUUUCCAUGCAACAUGGUGCUGGACCACGCCCUUUCAUGCGACCACAAUUUUUCUCUCCAGCUCCUGGCUUCAUGGUUGGUCCAAGUUUUCCUGGACAUGGACCUAUGUACUAUGUUCCGGUUCCACAUCCUGAUGCAAUUGGGAGACCGCCUCAUUUUAUUCCACACCCUCUUAAUCCAAGGGCUUCAAUGCUUCCCCCAGAUAUGCUAGCUCUUCGGGCCAACAUUGUAAAACAAAUUGAGUAUUAUUUUAGCGAUGAAAAUCUGAAGAACGAUCAUUACCUAAUAUCUUUGAUGAAUGACCAUGGAUGGGUUCCAAUAUCAGCCAUUGCUGAAUUCAAAAGGGUUAAGAAAAUGAGCACUGACAUCCCGUUCAUCCUUGAUUCCCUGCACUCAUCUGCAGUUGUUGAAGUUCAGGGUGACAAGGUACGACGACGUGAUGAAUGGUUAAAGUGGAUUCCAGUUCCUGCGGACUCUAAAUCAACCUUAAAUGUUGACACUCCUUCCAAACCGGUGGAUGAGUCUACUAACUCAUUGCUGGACAAGAAUGCCUCAGAUGGUAGUAGAACGCUGGCGUCUGAAGAUAAUAUCAAAUCUUCACGACUUCAGGGUUGUUCUCUGGAGCAAUCCUCAAACAGGGACAACCUAGAAGUAGCAGAUCUAGAUAUAGUGGAAGAACAUUCUCAUGGAACUGGGCGUCAAGGCAUAGAGAUUUCAUCAAACGUUGAUGCACAUAAUGUUGAUGAUCUUUCAGGCCAAUUUUCAAGUACUUUCAUGCUUGAUGAAGAGUUAGAGAUUGAGCAGAAAACGAUAAAAAAAGAUGAUUUGACUUCAAAUGGAAGGAUUGAUGAAGACGAUGACGAGAUCGCUGUUAAUGACCAAGAUGUCCAGAGACUUAUUAUUGUCACCCAGAAUAGUGGCAUCGAAAAGAGAUCUACAAGUGGAGGCAAAGAAUCAAAAUCAAUAUCUAAAGAGCUUGCUUCAACAAUAAAUGAUGGUCUUUACUUCUACGAGCAAGUACUGGAAAAAAAGCGAUCUAAUCGUAAAAAGAGCAAAUGCAACUCAGAGAAUAGGGAAGGAGCCUCAAGAUUAUCUAGCAAUGCUUCAGUACCAGCAAGGUCAAAACCUAGUGAAAAUUCUGCUGGAUACUGUGGUUUGGAUGAAAUCGGAAAUUCUAGUCCCAGGAAGAAACAAACUAAAACCUUCCCUAAACAACAAUCAUCACAUAAGCAGCGCUUUUUCUCCAGCAACUUUAGAAAUCAUGGAACCAGUCGGAACUCUCUUGGCAUUGUAGCAGAGAGUCCACCUAGCAAUUCUGUUGGUUUUUUCUUUGGUUCUACUCCUCCUGAAAGCACAAGCUCCAGGCCAUCGAAAUUGAGUGUUUCUCCUCAUGGAAAUUUCCUUGCAAAUAGUCCACCUGUGGGUUCCCUGCCCAAGUCUUUUCCGCCAUUUCAGCAUCCCAGUCAUCAACUUCUAGAAGAAAAUGGUUUUAAACAGCAGAAGUACCUUAAAUAUUACAAAAAGUGCUUGAAUGAUAGAAAGAAGUUGGGAAUUGGUUGCAGCGAGGAAAUGAAUACUCUUUAUCGGUUUUGGUCUUAUUUUCUAAGAGACAUGUUUGUCAUUACAAUGUACAAUGACUUCCGAAAAUAUGCACUGGAAGAUGCUGCGUCUAACUAUAAUUAUGGAAUAGAAUGCCUUUUCAGGUUCUAUAGCUAUGGUUUGGAAAAGGAAUUUAGGGAGAAUUUAUACGCGGACUUUGAACAGCUUACACUCGAGUUCUUCCAGAAAGGAAAUCUGUACGGCCUUGAGAAAUACUGGGCUUUCCACCACUAUCGUAGGCAACGAGAUCAGAAAGAGCCCCUAAAGAAACAUCCAGAACUAGACAAGUUACUUAGGGAGGAAUACCGUAGCUUGGACGAUUUCCGUGCUAAAGAGAAGUCAGCAACUGCAAAAGAGGAUGGGAAUUAAGAGUGAAGUGAUCAACCUUCAUGGCGACAUAUUCCAAUUUUGAAGACAAUUCUAACAACUUGAUAGGUGAAUUGAGGAGCUAAGUUUGGUUUUGAGGCUAAAAUGGCUUUGUACAUUAAAUAUUCAAGUGAAUGCCUCUGUUAUGGCUGCUGCUGAGGUUUCUUAGAAGUUGAGAUGAGGUUGUGUGGGGUAUCUGCCUUUGUUUUGGUGCUGCCUGCAAGCUUGAAGAGAGAUCCCCAUGUUGCCUGUCAGUCACAUUGGUAUUUCUCUGGACUGUGUAACGUUGUAAAUAGGGGGAAAGAAAUUUUGGAUAUGCAAGAAGAACAAGAAAAGAAAAAAAAAAAAAAAUAGAAAUAUUGUUGGUUAGGCCUUAUGAGAAUUGAAUAAUAAGAAAAUUUAUUUUUUUUUGGCUGAUUA